ACAUCACCAGACCAAAGCAGUCGCUCAUCGAGGUUUGUUGGUAAUGACAAUCGCCCCCUAACUAAAGUCAUGGCGUUGCUUAAGCAAAGUUGCUGUGUUGCUGGUCGGUUCUCCACAAACCAUCUGUGGCUGAGUCCUAGAUGUAUCCCACAUGUUUAUACCAGCGGUUUGCCGACCGUGGCCAGCUCCUCUCCAGACCGGGCUGGCAGGAAGAAGGAGCUUCUGAGCGAUGAUGGGCCUGAUCUGCAAGACUUUAUUUCAGGGGAGCUGUCCGAGAAAAGCAAGUGGGCAGAGUACAAAGGCAACUUGAAGAGAGAGAAGGGAGAGAGGCUGCGCCUUCCUCCAUGGCUCAAGACCGAAAUCCCCAUCGGCAAGAACUACAACAGGCUGAAGAACACACUGAGGGACCUCAACCUGCACACGGUGUGUGAGGAGGCCAGGUGUCCAAACAUUGGGGAGUGCUGGGGAGGAGGAGAGUACGCCACGGCCACAGCCACCAUCAUGUUGAUGGGAGAUACGUGUACCCGUGGAUGCAGGUUCUGCUCAGUAAAGACAGCUCGUCAGCCCCCACCUCUGGACCCAGACGAGCCCUACAAUACAGCCAAGGCCAUCGCUGCCUGGGGGCUGGACUACGUGGUUCUCACCUCAGUCGACAGAGAUGAUAUCUCUGAUGGAGGUGCAGAGCACUUUGCUAAGACUGUUUCUAACUUGAAAGAAAGAAAUCCUCAGAUCCUGGUCGAAUGUCUGACCCCUGAUUUUCGUGGUGACCUGGCAGCAGUAGAGAAGAUCGCCCUGUCAGGGUUAGAUGUGUAUGCCCACAAUGUGGAGACGGUGCGUGAGCUGCAAAGGUAUGUGCGUGACCCCAGAGCGAACUUUGACCAGUCACUGAGUGUCCUGAAGCACGCUAAAAAGGUCAAAUCCACUGUGCUCACCAAGACCUCCAUCAUGCUGGGACUGGGGGAGACUGAUCAACAGAUACUGGACACCUUAACCGAGCUGCGAGAGGCAGGAGUGGACUGUCUAACACUUGGGCAGUACAUGCAGCCCACUAAACGCCACCUGAAGGUGGAAGAAUACGUCACUCCAGAGAAGUUUGCGUACUGGGAGAAAGUUGGGAAUGAUAUGGGCUUUGCUUACAUAGCCAGCGGGCCACUUGUGCGAUCCUCCUACAAAGCAGGCGAGUUCUUCUUGAAGAAUCUGCUGAAGAAGAGAAAAGCAGAGGUCACUAUAGCAGAAUGAAAAGCAUCAAACCGGCAGCCUGCACUGUCUGCCCUGCAUACUACUCUUACCAUGUCCUGACCUUUAACUACACACAUUUACAGUUACAAAACCAGCUUUACACCCGCAGCACCACAGUGCGUUGUUAUAAGCCGUAGCACAGGAAACACAUGAAUCAUGAUGAGAAUUAACAAGUUGUGUAAAUUAAAAAAGAAGACGUGAUAAUAAUAAUAUAUAAUAAUAAUAUAUUAUAUAAUAUGAUAAGUACAGGGACCAUUUUGUUACAUCUGUAUCUUUUCAAUGCACAUGUCUUCUAAUGUCCACCUGUGACAACCCAGAGGUCUACAUUUUUGAGUCCUGCAGACAUGUAAGGCUGCAGACUGUCCAAAUAACCCUGCCAGGAGAACCUACAACCUGGUGUGAGCAGAAGCUGUAAUUUGCUAUCUCUGCACCUCGGAGGCCCCUAAAUCACAUCCACCAUCAACUCCCUCCCCUCAGGGGGCCCUGGACUUCAGGUAAAGAGCUACUGACCUUUAACAGUGAGCUCUGUUUAUGAGCACUUUGAUGUCUGCAGUUUCUGGACUGGUGAUUAAAUGAAGCAAGAAGGUUUUUGGUUUUGGUUCGUGCUCUGAUUCAGUGGUAAAAUUGCAUGUGAUACAGAAACAAGUCUUUAUCUGCCAAGGUCUAUAUUGUAUUACAUUAGAACAAUUGAGCCCAAUUUGGCUUUUUGUCAAGUACAUAGGUAUCAAAAGUGGAAUGUUAGAUACCCCUGCCUCAAAAUAAGAGCCACUUUGGGCUCAAACUGCCUCUUCUAAUAUAAUAAAUUUUUCACCUGGA